AUGUUUGGGAUUCAAGAUACUUUAGGAAGAGGACCGAUUCUGAAAGAUAAAUCUCUAGGUUCUGAAAUGGAUUCCGUCAGGUCCUGGGUCAGGAACGUUGGGGUUGUGGAUGCAAACGUAGCAGCACAAAGCGGAGUAGCUUUGUCCAGAGCUCACUUUGAAAAACAGCCACCCUCCAACUUGAGGAAAUCCAAUUUCUUUCACUUUGUUCUGGCUCUCUACGACAGACAGGGGCAGCCCGUGGAAAUAGAGAGGACAGCUUUUGUGGACUUUGUAGAAAAUGAUAAAGAGCAAGGCAAUGAAAAGACAAACAACGGCACGCAUUACAAACUCCAACUCCUCUAUAGCAACGGUGUCAGGACUGAACAGGAUCUCUAUGUUAGACUCAUCGAUUCAGUCACUAAGCAGCCCAUAACUUACGAAGGACAGAACAAAAAUCCUGAAAUGUGCAGAGUUUUGCUUACCCACGAAGUCAUGUGCAGUCGGUGCUGUGAGAAGAAAAGUUGUGGCAACAGAAAUGAGACUCCGUCUGACCCCGUGAUCAUCGACAGGUUCUUCUUAAAAUUUUUUCUCAAGUGCAAUCAGAAUUGUUUGAAAACAGCAGGAAACCCAAGAGAUAUGAGACGGUUCCAGGUUGUGCUAUCCACAACAGUCAAUGUUGAUGGGCACGUGCUGGCAGUGUCUGACAACAUGUUUGUUCACAACAACUCCAAGCAUGGACGGAGAGCAAGGAGACUUGACCCCUCAGAAGUUGUGCUGUGUGCUUUGUUUUGUUUAGCCACACCGUGCAUCAAAGCAAUCAGCCCGAGUGAAGGCUGGACCACAGGGGGAGCCAUGGUGAUCAUUAUUGGAGACAACUUCUUUGAUGGGCUGCAAGUUGUCUUUGGAACCAUGCUUGUAUGGAGUGAGCUUAUCACACCUCAUGCCAUCCGAGUGCAAACACCUCCACGUCACAUUCCAGGAGUGGUUGAAGUGACAUUAUCAUACAAAUCCAAGCAGUUCUGCAAAGGUGCACCAGGCAGGUUUAUUUACACAGCUUUAAAUGAACCUACCAUAGAUUAUGGUUUCCAAAGGCUGCAAAAGGUCAUCCCAAGGCAUCCUGGUGACCCUGAAAGACUAGCUAAGGAAAUGCUGCUGAAACGAGCUGCUGACCUAGUUGAAGCCCUGUAUGGGACACCACACAACAACCAGGACAUCAUCCUGAAACGAGCUGCAGACAUUGCAGAAGCUCUCUACAGUGUCCCCAGGAAUCCUGCCCAGAUCCCAGCCCUGUCCAGCUCUCCUGCUCACAGCAGCAUGAUGGGAAUCAACUCCUACGGGAGCCAGUUAGGAGUCAGCAUUUCAGAGUCAACACAGGGGAACAACCAAGGUUACAUCCGGAAUACCAGCAGCAUCUCACCCCGAGGUUACUCAUCCAGCUCCACCCCUCAACAGUCCAACUACAGCACCUCCAGCAACAGCAUGAAUGGCUACAGCAACGUCCCCAUGUCCAACCUGGGCGUGCCGGGCUCGCCCGGCUUCAUCAACGGCUCCCCCACCGGAUCCCCCUACGGCUUAAUGUCUUCAAGUCCAACAGUUGGCUCCUCCAGCACUUCUUCCAUCCUUCCAUUCUCCUCUUCCGUCUUCCCUGCUGUCAAACAGAAGAGUGCCUUUGCUCCUGUCAUCAGACCCCAAGGGUCUCCUUCUCCUGCCUGCUCCAGUGGCAAUGGAAAUGGGUUUAGAGCCAUGACUGGUCUUGUCGUUCCCCCGAUGUAAGGCAGAGGCAGCUUUGCUCUCUCCCUCUUCCCUUUUUUCCUCUUUUUUUUUUUUUUUUUCCCUUUUUCUUUUACAGCACAAAACUACUUAUUGUGAUGGACCACUAAAAAGAAAAAAAUAAUAGCACUACAAGCUCUUUUUGGGGGGAAAGCCAGGCCCAGGAGAAAAAAAAAAUAAGGAACAUUUUUUAUGGAUUGGACAAGCUAGAAGUCUGCAUCUUUUACCUGUUUCAUAUUUCUGACAACCACAUCAACUCCUAAAACAUUGGGAAUGAAAGAAGAAUCAGCCAAGAGCCAGGACGAACAACAGAAGGAUGGAAUCAGAAGUGUAAAGUCUUUCUUGAAAGACACGAAACCUUCCUAAGAUUUGUAAAAUAUCGAAAGGAGAAAGGAAUUGGCAAAAUGAUUCAAGCUUGAUAUUUUGGAUACAAUUUGUUUUACUUUGUAGGGGAAAAAAGUUGAAGUUUCUAUUUUCUAUGGAGCCUUUCAGAUAUCGAUUUAGUUUAUGCA